AUGACUAAGGCGCGCGCCAAACUUAUCCUCAGUCCUGCUGUUCACCAGAAAGAGAUGGCUUCCAUGAAGGUGCUAGGGUGCAUACCAUUAGACAACACUUUUUUGGAUGACCCGAAAAAACGCAAGAAGAAAAAGGCUAAGAAAUUGAAAAGGGAAAAGUUGGAUAAACAGAAAUCGCAGCCAAAAGGUCAAGGGAGUUUGAAGGAUUACGAUGACAUUUGUGACUCAAACCUCUCUGCACAGUGGCCAGAGAUCAAGAAGAAGAAGAAGAAACGGAAAAAGAAACCCGAUGUCAGUUUAAAUGAGGAGUUUUCCCUGACGCAGAAUAAAAACAAACUGUCAAAGCGACACAAGAACAGAGACAGUAACUGUGCUGUGGACGCACGCACGGCUGAGCACGGUGUCCGAUCAGGUCCUGGCGAACAGGAAGCGGUGCAGCCAAUUUUAAGAUCAAUCCAAAAAGAGAAGAAACACAAAAAGAGAGUUGCCUUUAAUCUGUCACCGGUGUUGCACGAACCUAAACCACUUCAAAAUCCUUUCCCAGUGAGAAAUAUCCUUCAAACACAAUACUCCGGCACUGACAAAAAGCCAUCGUUUAACAUCGUAUUUCCUGCAGAAGGACGUCACAGCAAGCCAGCCAUGGAAGAAAAUGGCAUGGAAUCUCAAAGUACAUUGGAUGACAUCAACAGCCAAGAUCUCUUCAUCACCCAGAAGUCCUUCUCAGAUCCUUAUAUAGACCUUUGUAGCAGCACGAGUGCUGAGGAAGCUCUAGAACCACAGGGUUACACAGAGAUAUAUCCAGAACCUCAGUCUUAUACAGCAUCAUCAGCAAAGAAAUGUUCAUGUCCAGAACCUCAUACAGCGUCAUCACCAAGGAAACUGUCAGGUCCAGAAACUCAUUGUUAUACAGUGACAUCACCAAGGAAACGGUCAUGUCCAGAACCUCAGUCUUAUACGGUGUCAUCACUAAGGAAACGGUCAUGUCCAGAACCUCAGUCUUAUACGGUGUCAUCACCAAGGAAACGGUCAUGUCCAGAACCUCAGUCUUAUACAGUGUUAUCACCAAGAAAAAGGUCAUGUCCAGAACCUCAGUCUUAUACAGUGUCAUCACCAAGGAAAAGGUCAUGUCCAGAACCUCAGUCUUAUACAGUGUCAUCACCAAGGAAAUGGUCAUCUCCAGAACACCAAUCAUCACCAAGGAAACCAUCGCACCUUCUCAAACUCAAUGCUUCAACUCAGACUGAAAACUUCUUCACCUCUCCUCUCCUCGCUACUUCUCUCAGGUUCAGUCACUGCAGCACAUGCACCGAAGAACCGAUAGACCUGAGCCUGACGAAAAAAUCCAGGCUUCAUCAGUCGGAAGUCGUCAGUAAACCCUUCGAAGAUCGGCAUCAUCCUGAGCUGUAUGUAACAGACCUGACGCAGAGCGAAGAAAGCGACUCGCACUUAAAGGGCAAAGCUGACCUGUCCCAGCUAAAAGUGGUUCAGACACGCCUCAACGAGUCGUUCUUCUUCAGGCUGAAGGGAGAAGGGGAUUCACCUAAGCCCAGCUCACCACUCAUGAAGUUCUCAGGAAGUGUCGAGAAGAAGAAGCUGUGACAAAAUCAAAUUUGUUCAAACAAAAAAUUCAGGUCUGUGGAUUUGUUGUUGAAUGUUAUAGGCAAUUAAUAAGAAGUUCAGUUUGUUCUCUUUUGGUGUUUAUUGUAUUCCAGAGAGUAUUAUAUUCAAUAUAUACACUGCAAGUCAAAAGUCUUUCUGGUUAAAUAAUAUCAAAUUAGAAAAUCAAAAUGGUAUAAUAAAGAGAAAUGUUUAUUGAAUUUAGUCUUGUCUAACAUCCAUAUCACUGUAAUUAGGCACAACAUAUUUAUAAUUUCCACUUAACAAUAGCCUAUAGACUUUUUUCUAUAGAUUUAACACCAGUACGCUUUCUUUAUUUUACUGCUAUUCUGUUUAAUUAAUAAUAGUAAUUCAACUGUAAUAUAAUCAUCAGAAACGUUUGACUGGUAGUGUAUAUCGUGUGUGUUGUUGUGGAAUAUAUUUACUAUGCAUUAUAUUAUAAUGUGUGCAUGACGCACAUUUUGGCUGGAAGAGUACAUGAGAGUUUUUUCGACCUCUAUGAGAUAAGCACAAGAAUUUAGACAUUUCUCUGCACUUAGAAAAGAACAAAACUUUUGCCUCUUGUAAACCUUUAUGUGAAUUCUUUUGCAAAAAGAAAAAAAAAAUUCAGCAAUUCUUCAGCCAAAGGCUUUUAUAAAUUUCAGCUAAGAUCUGCGUUUUGUGCAUUUGGUCCUUUUAGAGAUGGAACAAAAUUUUCAGAGGGAAUAAUUUGUCGCUGUUUGGGUCUGAUGGAAUGACAUGAACCUCAAAAUCUUGAGGAAUGUAUACAUAAUCAGAAGUAUUUUGUAAAGAUUGCUCCAGUGUUGGAAAAUUGGCUAAAACCCUCCAUAAGAAAGGAUUCUGUAAGACUUCCUGUCAUCGUAACACAUUUGAUUGCUAUAGCUUAAAACUGGCGAUAUACAGUCACAUAUACUACAGUCACAUGUUUAUUACUAAACCUCCAUUUUAUUGUUCUUUUCUCAGUCCAAGGAAAUGUGUCAAUUCCUUCCUGAUGAUUACACAUACACUACUCUAAAAGGCCUGAUACUGAGAGUUGAUGUAACUAAUGAAACUGUUUAAACGUUAGAGCUGAUUUGAAGCGUCAUUGUUAGAAACCACAAAUGAAAACAUUUUACACUCAGGUUUUAAACACAUCAGUAAGUAUGUUAGAAAGAAUGCACGUUUGAGCAUUUUUCGUGUUGUCUGAAUAAAGCUUUAUUUACAUC